CCCAACAGAGCCGGUUCUAACAUUGAACUCCUCCUCACUUCUAAUCUCCCUCCAUUUCCUUUCCUUAUCCUUCCUGGAUAUAUUAUUGCAAUUAUUAGUAGUAUUCAAAUGAAAACGAUGGCGUAUCCUGCAAUUUGUUCACUUCUCUUACAAAAUUGUUUCAAAGACUUUCCUCACUCAACAUUCUGGAGAUUUUCUGCUGCAUAUCCAUCAAACAACAACACUGUGUUAUUGCCCACUCUUAAUUAUGUUUUACAAUGUACAAAUUCGAAUUGUCGUUUUCAUUGUCAAUUGCCAAUUUUGGGCUCUUUUCGACCAAGACUUCAAAUUAAACGACAACAACCGUAUUUUCGGUUACCACAGUGUCAUCAGGAUUCGGUGGAUUCUGUUGUUGAAACAUUGAACGAUAAUGAUAAUGACAAUCCUCCGCAAAGGCGAAGAAGAAGAAGAAGAAGAAAAGCACAUGGUAAUAAGGGAAAAGUGCCAUGGAAUAAGGGCAAAUCACAUUCUCCAGAGACUCGUGUGCUUAUCAGGCAGAGAACAUUAGAGGCAUUGAGAGACCCUCAGAUUAGAAAGAAAAUGGCGGAACAUCCUCGUUCUCACAGUGAUGAGAUCAAGAGAAAAAUAGGCUUUGCACUUAGACAACUUUGGGACAAGCGUUUGAAAUGGAAAAGGCUAAGAGAGAAAUUCUUUCUGUCUUGGACUAGAAGUGUCGCAGAAGCAGCUAGGAAAGGAGGUAUCGGUCAACAAGAGCUAGAUUGGGAUAGUUAUGAAGCGAUAAAAGAAGACAUAACUCUACAAGAGCUCCAGACAGAAAUGGACAAGGCAAUGCAAAAGGAACUAGCGGGGAUAAAUGCUAAGAGAAAGGCUGAGAGAGCAACCAAAGCAAAAGAAGAAAAAAUGGCUAGGCUCGCUGAAAAGAGAAAAGAACGGGAAGAGAAAGCAAAGGCUAGAUUAGCAGCAAAGAGAAAGUCGAGCAAAAAAUUAAAGGAAAGUUCAGAAGAUGGGUCGGUUAUCCAAGAGCUGUCUCUUGGACAAAGGUUAACAAAGAUUCGCCUAAAGAAGUCCAUGAAAAAUCAUGCAACUACUCAACAAGAAGCAUUGAUAUCCCACAAUCCAGCUUGGAAGAAAUUGGAUGCUGAGCUUAUGAAGAAAGAAAAAGUUCAAAGGGAAGUCUCAUUUGCAGAUCAGAUUGAAGCUGCCAAAAACAGAAGAUUAGAAUCUGUUGGAAGGAAAGUUUUGGCAGAACCUUCUAGUGAUAAUGUUUUUGUGGGGAGGUCAAUGGUUUAAGCCAUAAGUUACAUUAUGUGCAUGCCAGCAGUAAACGUUGCAAUCAUCGAGGAAAAGGCAAAACAAAGGUCGGUCUGAAACUUUUUGAUCUAUCAUGUGCACAUAUUCAAAUUGAGGACAGAGUUCAUUAACUAUCGGGGACAAAGAAAUUGAAGAAUGAUACAGAUUAUUCUGUGCCGAGUAUGUAUGAUAUUUGAGUUAGUUUUGAGGUACAUAGCACUUUUGCAGAAUUCCUAUCAUGCUAAGUUUAUAUGUGGAUAAUGAAGUAAUGAAUUGCAUUUCAUUAUUAAUUUUAGGGGUAAUGUUAAAUUCAUAAACUGUAUAUGUUUUUUUAAUUUCAUCACGAACUUUAAUUGUCUCAAUUGUAUGUAUAAAUUUUUAUUUUUCUUAAUUCGAUGCAUAUGUUGACAUGUCACUCAUUCUAGGUGAAUGUCAUUUUUAAGGCACAUCAUCAUAUUAAGACAUCGUGUAUCGAAUUGAAAAAAAAAGAGUAGAACUCCAUGCAUACAAUUGGGACGUUUUAAAGUUCGUGAUUAAAUUGAGAAAACGGGUAUAGUUUAUGAAUUUUUACAGUAUAACCUCUUAAUUUUAUCGAUCAA